AUGUUGGCUUCGGAGCACGAUCUUCUGGAUGAUUCGGUUUUUGAACCUCUGUUGCGAUUGAGCUUUUCGGGAGCUGUCACCUCGGCUCAUGCGUCACCACCAUGCCGGGAGUACUCCAGGUGCAAGCUUAUCCGGCCUGGUCCGAAACCUUUGCGCACCCCAGAACAUUUGGCAGGGAUUCCAGGUCUGUCCUCUUCGGAACAAGAGCGGGUGGACGCCAGCCGGACUUUGAUGGAGCGGGCAGUCGAGCUUCUGCACGCCACCUACAAGGCUGGUGGGCAUUUUAGCCUUGAAAAUCCAGCAAACAGCAUGCUUUGGCUGGAAGAAGCAGUCCGCAUUCUGCUUCAGAAGGCCAAUGCCGAUGUGCUUGUGGUAGCGGCUUGCGCUUACGGUUGGGAUAUCUCGAAACGCUGGGCUUUCGCUACCUCUUUUCGGGAUAUGCAGAGAUUGGCCAAGGAUUGUUCACAUGCUGAGGGCUCUCAUCGUCCUGUUGCUGGGGUUCGGGAUGAGUCCGGAGGUUAUGCCUCUCAACAGACAUCUGAGUUCCCCGCGAAGCUCGCGGAGGCGUAUGUAUCGGCCGCUCUCCCACUGUUUUCGACAUGCGAAAAUCCUUUGGAUGUACAACUGUCUCAGCUAUAUCAGCUAAUUCCUGCUAAAGGUCGCUUCGACAUGCCUUUUGCACAUCAAGAUGGAGCUGGCAUCUACUCAGUCCCCGACUGGUCUUUCCCCCCUAAUGGGACUGUUGACAGACUUCAGCAGGUCAGGCAUGCUCUGACGCAGAAGCUUUUUGAGUUGAAGGCCCCGAUUCGCUUGCGCGAACAUGUCCAGGCCAAGUCGGAUUCUCCAUUGUUCUCGGAGGGCGAGAUUGAAAGCUUUCGGGCCAUCUUUUCAGAGUUUUUGGUGGCCACGACGGGCCGUCCGGUGGACUGGUCGGUUCAACCUUUUCAGCCGUACACUCUCAAUGCACUUCAGCAACUGUCAGAGGCCUUGGAAGAUCCCGACGACACUUUGUUUGCUUGCCUCCAAUCGGGCGCUCCUACUGGUUACUUCAAGGACAUCCCGAGGAGCGGGGUGUUUGUUCCGGCGCCGGAGGUGUCUACUUCGGAGGAGCAACCUCUGCUGGAGUGCCAAGAGAAUUGGAAAGGAGCUCGUGAGAAUCCAGAAACUCUGGAAUCCUUGAUACAAGAAGAACUGGAUAACGGCUACUUGGAGGAGGUAACUCUUGAGGAGGCUCGCUCCAGGUGGCCAGAGGUUGCCGUUGGGAAACUCAACGUUGUGAUCGUGCCGGACAAGAAUCCUCGCUUGACGGUCGAUGAAACAAUUUCUGGCGUGAACCCGGCUUGCCACAUUCCGGAACGUUACAACUUGCCGGGCCUGGGCGACUUGCAAUCCAGCUAUCCUCUUCGAGGACAGAAAUUACGCGGCCUACUGAAUCCCCUGCUGGUGACGGGCCGAGUGGAGCUGAAGCUGAUCCAACAAGCUUUGGGCCUUCUUCAAUGGAUCACGCAACUUCACAAGGAGCUUCGUCCUUGGCUUUCGUCUUUGUACGAUGACAUUUCGCGGCCGCCGGGGACGUCCUUUUCCAUUGAGCCAUCUCGGUGGGGAUCGUUGGCUCCUUGCUUGUCAGAUGCGAUGGUUUUCAUCUCCACUCCAGCUGGCACGGCUAUCCCCGUGGGCUCUAAGCUGCUGAGUGCUCGGCACAUCGAACUGUGGAAGAAAUCGGAUUUGGCCAAAGUUCCGCUCACCUCCAAGCGGGUAUGGAUGAGGAUUGCGGAUCCUCAAUCUCGCUUUCGGCGCUUAUCUGUGCUGAGCAGGCGGGCGAAUGAGAAUCUGCGUACCAUCGUUCUGCGACAAUUCUGGUGGGAUGGUGUCAGCCCUUUGCCUGCACCAUGGAAUCCAGAGUUCAGAUACCGCUUCACAGUCGCGGAUUUCUUCGAUCUACGUCAUGAUGUGCGGCUUUUCCCAGCCGAUGCCAAGCUGCUUUGGAAGCUGCCGCGUUGA